UUUUGUUGUUUUUAAGCCAGUCAUCUCUGACCAGUGUCUAAACUCGCAUACUGUCCUGCAAAGCCUUUAAAAAUGCAUCCUUAGCCGACUACUAGCUUCCACCGAUCCCAGAUGGUGUCUGAAACUUAUAACCCAGUUUUGUCCACUUUACUGUGGCCCUUCAACCUGUGGUCGCCACCCAGUAUUUGACCAUUGUUGGGAAGAAUACCAGACACAUUGAUGAACAUGAUGUGCACGAAGAUGGCGCAGACCUUAAGACCACGUCUAAUAAGCGCUUCAUUGACUCCUCGUGGGGUAACAUUGCUUUCAGGUCCUGGAUCUAGGAUGAUCUCAACCCAUAAGCCCAAGAAGAAGAUCAAAGAGUAUUAUAGUCUGCUGAAUCUACGUGAAGGAUGCUCUGUAGAUGACGUCAGAGAGUCUUUUCAUAAGCUCGCCAAGGUGUAUCAUCCAGACAGCGGCUCCAACGAUGCCAAUUCAGCAACAUUUAUAAAGAUCGAAGAAGCUUAUAGGAAUGUGCUUUCCCAUGUGAUAAAACAAACACAGGCCAGACAGAAAGCUGAAGACACAGAAGAAGAAGACAAAUUCAAAUACAACACGCCUCAGCACCGGCAUUAUUUGAGCUUUGAAGGCGUGGGCUUUGGGACACCGAGUCAACGAGAGAAACAGUACAGACAGUUUAGGGCAGACCGUGCAACAGAGCAGGUGAUGGAAUAUCAAAGACAGAAACUUGAGAGGGAGCUCUUUGCUAACAGCAUAACUGUCAAAGACGUAAGGCAGAGCAAAGAACUAAAGAUAACUCAAGCCAUGGAGCGCCUGGUAGAGGACCUCAUUCAGGAGUCAAUGGCAAAGGGAGACUUUGACAAUCUCAGCGGGAAAGGAAAGCCUCUGAAGAAGUUUUCUGGCUGUUCAUAUAUUGAUCCCAUGACUCACAACCUAAACAGAAUAUUGAUAGAUAAUGGGUAUCAGCCAGAGUGGAUUCUGAUGCAGAAGGAAAUCAAAGAUACGAUUGAGCAGCUUCGAGAAGCACUUCUAGUGUCUAGGAAGAAGCUUGGGAACCCCCUGACACCUGGGGGACAGAAACAGUGGAACCAAGUGUGUGAGAAGUUUCAAGAAAACAUCCGAAAGCUAAACAAGCGAAUUAGUGAUUUCAACUUGAUCGUCCCCAUUCUAACCAGGCAGAAAGUCCAUUUUGAUGCCCAGAAAGAAGUGAUCAGAGUCCAGAAAAUGUAUGAGGCCUUCAUAGAAGCAAAAGAAAUCACAGAAGAAAACCCAACUGACAUUAGCAAGGAAGAAGAAAAAACACCCAGAGUCAAGACAGGCUUUCUAAACUGGUUGAAUCUGUGGAAAUUUAUUAAAAUUUGAAUAUUUUGACAUUCACGAUUUACUGCUCUAGUCAGUUUUAAAUUGCCCUGACACCAGAUAUAGAACCUGAGAUUGAUUGAUUGUGCCCCAGGGACUGGAGAAUUGUGUGCCUUUGUAGAUUUCAUACUAAUCACACCCCUGGUGAUAGAUAAGAAACCAAGUGGAGAGAAAAGCGAGUCAGUAUUGCUAUGAGGAUGGAGCAAGAAAAAGAUCCUCCCUCUGGAAGGAGGGAGUUAAUUAAGGAAAGUUAAUCCGUAUCAGUUGUCAGGUGAUGGAAAAGGCUGAGACUCAGAUCCAUGGCCCACACAGGGCAUGAAGCCUCAGUGAUCUUUAAAACUCUAGGAACUUAAAGGCAAUCGCUGUUGACAUUUCUAAACAUAGGUGUUUAAACAACAAAACCAAAAGAUGUAUUUCUGAAACACAAAACUGAAGAAGUUGUAAUGAGAUUUAACCACCUAAAGUCUCCAAGUGAAAUCUAAAAAGAAGGGGUCCUGGGGGUUAAGAGUACUUGCUCCUUGCUGCUAUUACAGAGGGACCAGAGUUCAAUUCCCAGCACCCAUGUCAGGUGGCUCACAACUGCCUGAAACUUCAGCUGCAGGGAUCCAGUGCCCUCUUCGGGCCUCUGUUGACACCUGCAUGCACUCGAAUACACACACAUACACAUAAAUAAUAAAUUAAAAAUCUCCACAGGUAGUUUUUUGCAGGUUUGCUACUGUAUAUUCUUGAGCUUAUUGAAGUUCCAAACUAUUGAGAGACUUCUGGACUUCCACCUGCUGAUGGAAGAAAAAUGAAGGUCAGGAAAUAGCUUAUCGGGGCUCUGGCACUUGGUUUGAUUGUUUUUUGUUUUGUUUUGUUUUGCUUUGCUUUGUUUUUCCCAGACAGGGUUUCUCUGUGUAGCCCCGGAUGUCCUGGAACUAGCUCUUGUAGACCAGGCUGGCCUCAAACUCACAGAGAUCCACCUGCCUCUGCCUCUGCCUCCCAAGCACUGGGAUUAAAGACUUGCAUCACCAUGCCUGGCGACUCUUGCACUUAUAAAGGCCUUCCCUGUGGGCACUGGGCAAAGAAAACGCCAAGCAAGUACAUGGGCUAACUUAAGAUCCAUUGUCUACAGAAGUUAAUCAGUUAAUCUUGUUGAUCUAAAAAGUUCUAAAAAAUAGGUUUCAGUGCUAAAGAGUUUGAAUUUGUUUUUAUAACUUUUAGAGGGGGCAUAAAUCCUUAAGUUCAAUGCAAGGGUAAGAGUUCACAUCCAGUUUGUUGUCACAAGUUAAAAGGUUAGGUUUCCAGAAACUUUCCUUAAGCACCCCAGUGUCCUGAACCAGACUCCCCAGAGACUUUCAGCAAUGUAGGAACCCCCUAAUUAUUGUGUCAGGGACCCAACUCCCCGUCUUGGGGACCCUUCGAUAACAAGGUAUCUGAAGUUUGUUCCUUGGCAUCUUUGGCAAGUGACAAGAGACAGAAGGUGAGGAGAUUGUUGUUCUUGUCUCCUUUCAGGAAAUGUGGGGCUCUCAGGCUUGGCUAAUGGCUUUGAGUGCAGAAUUGGUUACCCAAGAGGGAACUGAGGUGGGUGGAGUCAGCCCAUCCACAGAGAGUGGUGUAGACAGGAGUCUCCGAGUAAUAACUCCUGAUGCUGACUUGGGGCCAACAAAUUUGGGGUCAUUCUGGAAAGUUUGUGAUGACUAAAACAAAGAAACCUACACCCUCAGAAGGCCUUUCUGCCUCAAAGAUUGACCACUAGUUGGCACAAUCAGUGAUUUUUUUUUCUUUAGUUAGAGUUAUUUGGCUUCUAAGGUGACAUUACCAUAUAUAUUACUAUACAUGAAACUGUCAACAACAUGAAACAUGGCUUUGUGAUAAGAGCUAUGGUUCCAGAAUAUUUUAGAAGCCUGUUUUUUUUGUGACUCUUGUUAAAAAAUGGGAAUCUGGAGUAAACAUGAAUGAAAUAAUUUUCAGUGUUGUACAUGAGAAGGUGAAGUUACCAGAAAACAAUUAAUUUUGGCAUGAUUCACUUCAUUUGCAAAUGUCUAUAUUAAUAAAGUUGUGUUAAUGACUAUUCAGUAGUCCAUUGUUCUAUAACAAUAGUAAAUAAUAACGUUUUUAACAACCUAA